CGUGCAGUAAAACUUUGAUUAGAUUUGUUUUUAAAGACGCGAGGCACACUGACAAGCGGAUACGGUAAUGUCGUGACACUCCCUCAGUGUUGCAGCAGUCGUGUCUUGACUCUUUUUUUUUUUGCUGCGAGAGAGAUCGAUCGAUCGAUCAGCCGUGAUCCACGAAGUAGCAGCCAAGAGAGAAGCAAAAGAAGAAAAAGAGGAAUAAGACGAAGAAAAGCCAAGAGGGAAGCAGCAACAACAAAACAUACUUGUUGCACUACUCGUAUAUGCGAUGGCUAUCACUGCCGUACCAAGUUACUUGGGGCCCCCGCCCCUUCCACCCGGUAAACGUUUCCAGCAGAGAGCAUUGAAAAAAAUGUCCUCGACCUAUCAUAGCUUCCGCGAUCCCGCCGUCGAGGCCUGGAUACCGAAUGGCUUCAAGUCAUCUGAUCAUCAUCAACGACGCAAACCACUUUUAAGAGAUCAAACCAAGACGACGACGACGACGACGCCAACAACAACCACCACCAUCAACAACAAUCUCUACAGAAGUUGCUCCGAGGGGCACUUGAACUCGAAAAAAAGUCCGAUGCUCACAUCCACGCCUCUCGAUAAGUGCAUCAAGGCGAUUUACGGCAGCUGGAGAAAUCUCAUGCAACGUAAGUUUCCACUGGACAUAGAUAAUGUUUCCUCAUUUGUUGGCGGAAUGAACCGACCAUCGAAAGCUGUGACCCAGGUGAAGAAAGUGGCACCACCGGCCGUUCCCGAUGUAUUUCGACAUUCCGGCUCGUCCUUUGGUUCGGCAGGAUACGCGAGCAGUGAGGAUGGAUGCUUUUUAUCGAGUGGUACCGGAAGUGGAGGUGCUGGCGAUGACGGAUCCUAUGGGAUGCCAUCGGGAAAGAGUCCAGGGCCAAUUUUCACUCACCCUGGUUUCGCUUUCCCACCGAUCGUCGGCAAAUACGCCCACGCCGAGGAUCAAGGCAUCGACAUGACACAAAGCCCCGGAAGAGAUAGUCCUGGGAGUUCUGGCUCUGGAUCUGGUUCGAGGCACUCGACAGCGUCUCUUGAUUCUGGAAGAGCUUCUGGAUAUCAUUUAGGUCCCCGAGGACACGGUACACUCACAUCAUCACCAAGGUGUUCCAUUAGUUCACUUGGAAGUCAUCCCGAUCGACCUGGCGAUCUUGAUGUCGUUCAUGCUUGGCUGACCGAGCUUCAAUUCGAGGAGUACUUUCCUUUAUUUGCUUCUGCUGGCUACGAUCUCGCCACUAUAACUCGAAUGACCCCCGAGGAUCUCACAGCUAUAGGUAUUAAGAAGCCGAACCAUAGGAAACGACUGAAGGCGGAAAUAGAUAAUUUAAAUAUAGGAGACGGUCUACCAGAACAUGUUCCGGGUUCAUUGGAAGAGUGGCUAAGGUUAUUAAGACUCGAGGAAUAUCUCGGUGCUCUCCAUCAACAGGGUAUGCGUUCCGUUGAGGAUGUUACGACUCUCACGUGGGAGGAUCUCGAGGACAUUGGUAUCGUUCGACUCGGUCAUCAGAAGAAACUUCUUUUGGCAAUUAAACGAGUCAAAGACAUUCGUGCUGGUAAACGAAUUCAACCUUUGGAUUUGGCACGACUCCCACCACAUCCAGGACAAACGCAGGAUGUUGUCAUUCAACGUGGUGUUCCCGACUUGCCAUCGCCCGAUGAAGACUGCUCGUCACCGGUGCUAAGAUCCUUCCAAAGAGCUGGUAAUGAAACAAAUGCAAAUGCAACGUGGAGAAGUAUGUACGCUGCGCUACCAGCUGGGCUGGAUUAUAAUACAGUGGGUCGGGGGAAUUCGCGAGGAAAGUCACUCGAAAGUUUAGAAGACGCUCCUGUUACUUAUCCACCAUCACCCGCACCCGUGUCAUCACAUCCUCAAACCGUUGAUUGGCGGCCACGAAGUUAUGAAGACGGCGAUUUAACUCCGACCAACGAAGGCUCUAUCAUCGAAGUUGGAGGUGGAACUCUUCCCAGACCUAGACAUUGUCUGGUUCGACCCCGACCCGUUGCCAAGGUGCAAGCAACACCGGGACAAUUUAAAUCACUGCCAAGAGACUUUGUUGAUAAUAAAUAUCAGCUGACGUAUGGAUUGGAAAGUAGUCCUAAUUUAUCGAAACGACGUCCUCCAUCACCGCCAAGACGACAAAGUUCCAGAGAUAUGGGAUCAAAUGUUGGAGGUGGAAAUAAUGUGGGCGAUGUUGUGAUAGAUUGCAGUGGUCCUGUACCAACUGCAACGUGUGAUGAUCAUCAUCUUCAUCAUCAUCAUCAUCCACCGCCACCUGCACCUGCAGCACCUCCAUCGACACCGCCACAACUCAGUAGGCCGCCUUCCUCUAUGUCACGUUCCUGGGGAAGUGUCAGCGUCAAUGUCAAUGAAGAACACGAGCUUAUUGCCACUCUUGCCCUGCAGCAUCGUAAUGGAUCCGACGCUAGUUUCAAAUCGAGCUCUAGUACGGAAUCGGAUUCUCUGCCAUUUGCGAAUGAGAAUGCCGGCACGAUAAAGCAGAGAGCGGCAAGGGCCCAGGAAUACGUGGGAAAUUCAGGAACAAUUGGAAAUCAUUUGGUAAAUCAUCACACAAGUGGUGGAGAACCGGCGGAUGUUUUAAAUGAUAUCGGUAACAUGCUGACAAAUCUUACGAAUGAGCUGGACGCAAUGCUCGAGGAGGAAAAGCGUCAAGGCCUGAAUUCAUAAUUCACCAUCUGCCUUUGUUCGCAUUUUUUGUAAUUUGAAGAAUGUUGCCAUAUAUAAAAAUGACGAGAAUACCAGACUACAAAAAAAGAAAUUUUUUUUUAUAAUGAUCUUCGUCGACGUUGUAAUUCACAUUCCCGAAUCGAAGUUGUAAUUGAGAUAAGGGGCUAAAUGAGAAGAAUCUGGAGGAGUGGAUUAGGCACAUUUCCCCAUCCCCCCAAAAUACACAAGAGCUUAUUGACUGACUUUUUGAGGGACUUGUAUCCCAUGUUUUUGAAACAAUACCGAAUUUUCAUUUCUAUUUUUUAUAGAAUCUUCAGUGCUAUUGCACAAUUAUUAGCAGAUUAGAAACAUUUUUUUAAAUUUUACUCUAAGAGUAAAAAAUCACGUACUUAAAAAAAAUGAAAGAAAAGCCAAAUUUCUUGAUAAGUCUUUUGUAUCUCAGACAUUUCUUCCUCAAACUUCCCUUGAAAAUACCUCUGAAAUUUUUGUAGUUCACUGUAAGUGUCCUUUUUCUCAAAUUUUUCUUUUUUGAAAUUUUUCUACAAAAUUUGUUUCUUGAAAUCGUUUAGAUUUCUAAGAAAUUAUUUUUUAUUUCGAUUAUCUGAAAAAAAAUUUCCAUUUGCCACAGAGACUUUGGACAUUCCGAUGUGUUUUCCAACAUCCGUCCCAUUGUUUUUUCAAUUAAAUCUUCCAUUAAUCUUUAAAAAAAAAACAGACUGCUAUUUGUUAAUUCCAGUUUUCGUUAAAAACACGGCUCGAUAAAUUUGUAAACCGUGAAAAAAAAAUAGUUGAAACAACCGAGGCAAUAAGACUAGAAAUAUAUUACUGAAUGCCAAUUAAUAUUUUAUACUUACAAUUUAAAUCGACACCGACUGUUUUUGCUGUUAAAAAAAAUCGCCCAAUUGUAGCAGAUCGUCCGAAAUUCGUCGUUGUGCAUUUAAUCAAAAGUUAAAAAAGAAAAUAAAUAAAACGAGAGUGCAGAAUAACAGAGUAUUAUUAUAGAAAUAUAAUCAACCUGAGUUUCAGACGUUCUGCCCUGUCGUUAAAAUUGGAGAAGAUGAAUUGCAUUUAAAGAAAUGUUUUAGCACCACUCCUCCGAUUAUUUAAAAAAAAGAGUUGCGUCUUCGCGAAAAGACAAAAAAAAUCGACAACAAAUCUCAUAUGUCGUUUCAACUCUAAAACCGUAAACAUACACACACACACACUACUUAAGAUAAACUUAUCGUAAGAUUAAUCGAUUAAAAAUUCAGCCCGAUUAAUUCGGACUGCGGACUUGUCUUGUUAACUAUUGUAGGUGUAUAGUUAUAUAUUAUAGAUACCAUGCGCUAGCAGUGAUUUUGAUAACCUCAUAUCACGACGAUACUGAAAAAUGGACCAGCUUUUUUACUUUAGUUAUUCAUUUCAAAGAAAAAAACUUUGUAAAAGCUUUCCUAAAAAUGGGACGACUUUCAAUCGUAUAAAAUUUCACCAUUUUACCCUAAUGAAAAAUACCAGUGUUUUUUAAGAGAAACAAAAAAACUUUUUGACUUUGAGAAUUUUUCAAAAUCAAAUAAGAUUCAAAUCCCGAGAUUGGGAAUUGAAACAAUUUUUUAUAGAGAAAUUUUCCGCGUUUAGAAUGUAUAGCGAAUACAUUUUCUACAAGGUGAAUAUUAUGACAUUAAUAUCAGUGUAUUAAGAUUAAUAUUGUUUUGAUAAAAUUAAUAUUAUUAUUAAUAUUAAAUAAUAAAGGAAUAUUGAUAAUAAUAUUAAUUGACAAACAUUAAUAAUUGAAUGGUAUUAAGGAGAUUAUCUAUCGAUUGUCGACAAAUUGAAAUUUUUUAGAAAAUAAUUAUAAUGAAAAUAUAAUUCUGGAAUAGAUCAAGUUUUUCGACUAAAACCCAAAUGUCUUCCGAUACUUGAGGACUGAAGUUCGAACUGACUGAAUACCUACGAGAAUUUUUUUUGGCCAGAUUUAUUUUUUUUCUUAGUUAUAAUAUAUUAAUUUUGAGUGUUUUGGCGGCAUUUCUUUGAUAUAUAUUUCGUAAAAAAGACUUGACUACGAAGGCUACGGCAAAAUGACUCUUUCUACAUGGUAUAUACAUAUUAUAUAUAUAAAUAUAUAUAUUAUAUUAGUUAUAGUUUUUGUACAAAAGUACGCGCCCUUGCGUCUCGCCCAGCGAGCCGUUGCGCAUUGUAUUGUACACCACCCUUCCAUGUUGGUUUUAAUAUGCAUUAAAUAUAUUAUUUGAUUUAACAAUUAUAAAGAAGAUUGAUCUUUAAAUAAAGAUAUUGACACGGAAA